GGCUGGAAAACUGUAAGGAAGGAUAUGGUUGAGGACGUUCCAGAAGCGUUUGUGGUUCAUCAUUUUCCACGACAUCUUCAAUAAUUCACUAACACCCAAACACGUCCUUAUCAUUCCAAAUUCAUCUCCGAUUUGAUUCCUCUUACUUUCUACUCAUACACUCUACUGGAUAUUCUUUCAUUCAUUUUCUCUACUACUAGUAUCACACCCAAUCACUCCACACUCCUAUUAUUAAUAAUUACACUAUUAAUUGAUCAAUCGUUAAAACCCUUUUUCUUGUAACUAAACCCCUUUUUCUCUUAAUCAAUGGCUUCCAUUCCCAAAGUCAUUCUCAGAGACCAUAGAAUUGGGACUUACGAUGCGUUUCUCAAGCCAAAUUAUAGCUAUUUCCCUAGGAGGAACCUCGUUAAUGCCAAUCUAGACGUCAGAACCGACUUUUUUGUGAAAGAGAAUGGAAAAAGCUUCAGAGGACCAAAUCCAAUUGUUGCUUCUGCUAGACUCCCCUUACUCCAUGUCACUUCAAAAAGGAACUCACAAAUACUGUGUUCAGCUUCAGCAAACAUUUCUGGAGAUAUUCCAGAAAGUGCAGGGGGCCUGAGCCAGUAUGAGAAAGUUAUUGAAACUUUAACCACUCUUUUUCCUGUGUGGGUCAUCCUGGGGGCUGUUGUCGGUAUUUACAAGCCAGCUGCUGUAACUUGGUUGGAGACAGACCUUUUUACUCUCGGAUUGGGUUUCCUCAUGCUGUCUAUGGGUUUGACAUUGACAUUUGAAGAUUUCAGACGAUGUCUGAAAAAUCCAUGGACUGUUGGUGUUGGGUUUCUUGCACAAUAUUUAAUUAAGCCCAUGUUAGGCUUCGCCAUUGCAAUGACGCUAAAACUUUCGGCUCCUCUUGCAACUGGUCUUAUUCUCGUUUCUUGUUGUCCUGGAGGCCAAGCAUCAAAUGUUGCAACAUACAUAUCCAAGGGAAACGUUGCUCUCUCUGUUCUAAUGACAACGUGUUCAACUAUUGGUGCUAUUAUUAUGACCCCACUCCUAACAAAGCUUCUAGCUGGUCAACUUGUUCCUGUCGAUGCUGCUGGCCUGGCAAUUAGCACCUUUCAGGUUGUUUUAGUCCCUACAAUUGUGGGAGUUUUGUUAAAUGAGUUUUUCCCAAAGUUCACUUCAAAGAUAAUCACGAUCACACCUUUGAUAGGAGUUAUUUUGACCACUCUCCUUUGUGCAAGCCCAAUUGGGCAAGUUUCUGAAGUCUUAAAAACUCAAGGAGCACAAUUGAUAUUGCCAGUUCUUGCUUUACAUGCUGCUGCAUUUGCUAUUGGCUAUUGGAUUUCAAAAUUAUCAUUUGGUGAAUCCACAUCACGCACGAUAUCUAUCGAGUGUGGGAUGCAGAGCUCUGCACUUGGAUUCUUGCUUGCUCAGAAGCACUUUACAAACCCCCUUGUGGCUGUUCCUUCUGCUGUUAGUGUUGUCUGCAUGGCUCUUGGUGGGAGUGCUCUAGCUGUGUAUUGGAGGAAUUGUCCAAUUCCCAUUGACGACAAAGAUGACUUCAAGGAAUGAAAAUCAUGACAUAUCUUCUAUAUGCCCUAUGAAUUAUUUUUCGCUUAUUGUUUAGAAGAUAUUUAUUUCUGCAUUAGUUGAUAAGAAAGUUUUGAUUUUUUUGAAUUCUUGUAGCCAUGCAAUAGAGUUUAAGAAUUUAGGUUAAGCUUGCAACAAUUUAGACCAGUGAUAAGAGUGGCAACAGAUAAUUUAUGCCCAUGUAGCAACAAAAAGGAGCAACCCAGAGCCACAGAGCUUUUGCCAUGGUAGGAUCCAAUGAAGGGUCGAAUCCAUUGUGGUUUUAUUAUCAUUAAUAUUAUCUUGCAUUUGCCAAAGGUUGGUAGUUGGUUCCACCACCACCUGAACUAGUGAUUUUUAGUUCCAACAGUUGUGUCAAGACUCUGUAGUCUGUACCCAUGUGUCAACAAAUAAUUAUUAAAUUAUUAUCAACGGUUUUUUUCCUUAGCAAA